UCCAAUGUAACUCUUGAUCUCUCAAACUUAUAACCCUAAACUUGUUUUUAUAUAUCCUUUGAUCAUCAUCAUUUUCAAAGUUUGAUCAUCAAAAACAAGAACACAAAGAACAAAAAAAUGGCUUCUUCAAUGAACAACUGGUUAGGGUUUUCAUUAUCUCCACAAGAAGUAGUACCAACACAAUCACAAACUCAUCAUCAUGCAUCAAAUGUCUCGAGACAUGGGUUUAACUCAGAUGAAGUUUCCGGUUCUGAAGUUGUAUCUAGUGAUUGUUUCGAUCUUGGUUCUCACGAUUCUUCAGGUCCAACCGGUGCUUAUGGCAUCUUAGAAGCUUUUAACAGAAACCAUCAACAGCAACAUGAUUGGAGCGACAAUAACUUCAAGUCAAGUUCUGAACUUUCUAUGUUAAUGGGUGGAUCUAGUAAUAAUCAGCAUCAGCAUCAUUUGAGUCAUCAAGAAGAACCAAAGUUAGAAGAUUUCUUAGGAGGACAUUCUUUUUCUGACCAUGAUCAGCAGAAACUUCAUGGGUAUGAUCAUAGUGGUGAUUACAUGUUUUCAAACUGUUCAUUGCAGUUACCGGCCGCGACUUUAAGUAACUCAAAUGGUUAUGGUGGCAGUGUUGCCAAUAACAACAACAAUAAUAACAAUGGUUCUCUGGGGUUGUCAAUGAUCAAAACCUGGUUGAGAAAUCAACCUGCACCGCCCCAACAAGAAAACAAAGAUGAGGGUGGAAAUAGUACUUGUGGUGGCGGUGGUGGUGGUGAUGGUGUGGUGGGAAGUAAUGGACAAACACUAUCCUUAUCAAUGAGUACAGGAUCACAAUCUAGUUCUCCAGCUUUGCCGCUUGUAACGACCGCCUCAACGGUUGUAACAGGUGGUGGUGGUAGUGGUGGUGCUGAAAGUUCUUCGUCGGAGAAUAACAAGCAAAAGAGUAAUGGUACUACUACGGCUCUGGAUAGUCCUACUGCUGGUGCAAUAGUAGAAGCAGUUCCAAGGAAAUCAAUUGAUACUUUCGGACAGAGAACUUCUAUCUACAGAGGGGUAACUAGGCAUAGAUGGACAGGCAGAUAUGAAGCCCAUCUUUGGGAUAAUAGUUGCAGAAGAGAAGGCCAGACUAGAAAGGGAAGACAAGUUUAUUUGGGUGGUUAUGACAAAGAAGAUAAGGCUGCUAGGGCUUAUGAUUUAGCUGCAUUGAAAUACUGGGGAUCAACCACCACUACAAACUUUCCGAUUGCUAAUUACGAGCAAGAGUUGGAAGAUAUGAAGAACAUGACUAGACAGGAAUAUGUAGCAUCACUUAGAAGGAAAAGCAGUGGGUUUUCUCGUGGAGCAUCAAUUUAUCGCGGUGUCACCAGGCACCAUCAGCAUGGAAGAUGGCAAGCAAGAAUUGGAAGGGUUGCAGGGAACAAGGAUUUGUACUUGGGCACAUUCAGCACCCAAGAAGAAGCAGCGGAGGCCUAUGACAUAGCUGCGAUUAAAUUCCGUGGUUUGAAUGCAGUAACAAAUUUCGAUAUGAGCCGAUACGAUGUAAAUAGCAUCAUGGAAAGUAGUACAUUGCCGAUCGGAGGCGCUGCAAAACGUUUAAAAGAAGCUGAGCAAAUUGCCGAAGCAAGUGUUGAUGCUCGAAGAGCAGAAAGCGAUAACCUUACUUCACAGUUAACCAACGGAAUGAACAACUAUGGAUGGCCCACUAUUGCUUUCCAACAAGCUCAGCCUAUUAACAUGCUGUAUCCAUCGUACAAUCAACAAAGAUCAGGGUGGUGUAAACAAGAACAAGAAGCGGCGGUUGCUGCUCAUAGCUUUCAAGAUCUUCAUCAGCUUCAAUUGGGCAGUACCCAUCAUAACUUUUUUCAACCUUCUGUUCUUCAUAAUCUCAUGAGCCAAGAUUCCUCUUCAAUGGAACAUAGUUCUGGUUCCAAUUCUGUUAUUUAUAACGGCGGAGGUGGAACUGGAAGUGGUGCAAGUAAUGGGAGUUAUCAAAUGGGUGGAAGUAAUGGUUAUAUCCCAAUGGGGAUGGUUAUGAGUAGUGAUCAUCAUCAGACUAAUCCAACUGGAAGUAGUUUCGGAGAAAAUGAUUUGAAACAACAAAUGGGUUAUGAUAGUAUCUUGUCUUCCAAUAGUACAGAUCCUUACAGUCAAGGAAGAAAUGCUUAUUACAUGUCGCAACAAUCACCUCCGGCUUGCAAUAACUGGAUGCCUACUGGAGUUCAAGCUCUUGCACCAAGGUCUAAUAAUAUUGCUGUUUGUCAUGGUGCUCCGUCGACAUUUACAGUUUGGAAUGAUGCAUAACUGGGAGGAUAAUGAAGGUUGAUAGCAAUAGAACAUGGAAGUGAAAGUAAGGAAAUAGGAAGGGUAGGAGGGUAAAGGGGAAAUAGAAAAGAAUGUAUACAGCAGCUUAACUCCUGAUUUUAAUUUUUUUUCUUUUUCUUUUUUCUGAUCAUCUAGAAAAAGUUUUAGGGUCUAUGUCUAAAGGUUUUUAGCUGUAGUUCAGGUAAUAGCAUUGAGUGAUAGAGGAAGAAUUUAAGUUAGUUUCUUUUUUCUUUUCUUUUCAAAAUCUCAUUAUCACUUGCUAUUA